AUGCAUUAUCCAGAACACAGAAAGAUUGUUUAUUGCUCUCGUACGAUGUCGGAGAUCGAAAAAGCUCUGAUCGAGCUGCACAAGUUGAUGGAAUAUAGAGCAAAAGAGCUGGGAUACGUGGAAGAUUUCCGUGGAUUGGGACUGUCGAGUCGUAAGAACUUGUGUCUUCAUCCGGUUGUCUCUAAAGAACGGAAAGGUGUGGUUGUCGAUGAGAUGUGUCGACGCAUGACCAAUGGACAAUUGAAAUCACGCAUAGAACAAGGACAAGCAAGCACUAAUGAUCUUUGUUCAUUUCACGAGAAGUUGUACGAUUUAGAUCCGGCCAAUCUGGUUCCACCGGGUGUUUACUCGUUUGAGAACUUGCUCAAAUACUGCAAGACAGAAGGAACAUGUCCAUAUUUCACAAUCAGACGGAUGAUUCCUUUCUGCAACAUAAUUAUUUAUUCUUAUCACUAUUUGUUGGACCCCAAGAUUGCCGAGAGAGUUUCCAAAGAGCUUUCUAGAGACAGUAUCAUCAUUUUUGAUGAGGCGCACAAUAUUGAUAACGUUUGCAUUGAAUCUCUUUCGCUGGAUCUGACAGAAGAUGUUCUGAAAAGAGCCAGUAGGGGUGCCAAUGCUCUGGCGAAAAAAGUCGAAGAAGUCAAGAAAACUGAUAGCAAGCGACUCCAGGACGAAUACGAGAAGCUUGUUGAAGGACUUCGAGAAACAGAGAUCUCCAACACAAACGAAGAGGCAUUCAUGGUCAACCCGGUGCUUUCAGAGGACGUUUUGAGCGAGGCCGUUCCUGGAAGUAUUCGUCGCGCAGAACAUUUCGUUUCAUUCCUCAAGAGAUUUAUCGAGUACCUUAAGACGAGAAUGAAGGUUCUGCAUGUCAUUAGCGAAACGCCUGUUUCGUUUCUACAGCAUUUGAAGCAGUUGACAUUUAUCGAUAGAAAGCCGUUACGAUUCUGUUCUGAGCGGCUAUCGCUGCUGGUGAGGACGUUGGAAGUCGUUGAGAUCGAGGAGUUUAUGGCUCUGAAGGAUAUAGCCACGUUUGGAACCUUAGUUUCCACAUAUGAAACGGGAUUUGUUCUUAUUCUGGAACCGUACGAGACGGAAAAUGCCACUGUUCCAAACCCAAUUUUGCGGUUCGCCUGUCUUGACGCAUCGCUUGCCAUGAAACCCGUUUUUGAGCGCUUUUCCUCGGUGAUCAUCACCUCUGGUACCAUCUCACCACUGGACAUGUAUCCAAGAAUGCUGAACUUCGACACCGUUGUGCAGGAGUCGUACACAAUGACUUUGGACAGAAGAUCGUUUUUGCCAAUGGUGGUGACCAAAGGGUCUGACCAGGUUGCCAUUUCGUCAAGAUUCGAGAUCAGAAACGAUCCUAGUGUGGUGAGAAACUACGGAACGCUUUUGAUCGAGUUCUCCAAGAUCACUCCUGACGGGCUGGUUGUGUUCUUCCCGUCGUAUCUAUACAUGGAGAGUAUCAUUUCGCAAUGGCAGACAAUGGGAAUUCUAGACGAGGUUUGGAAAUACAAGCUGAUUCUGGUGGAGACUCCAGAUGCACAGGAGACGUCGCUGGCAUUGGAAACAUAUAGAAAGGCCUGUUCGAACGGACGAGGAGCCGUUUUGCUAUCUGUUGCUCGUGGAAAAGUGUCUGAAGGAAUCGAUUUCGACCAUCAUUACGGACGUACGGUGUUGAUGAUUGGGAUUCCGUUCCAGUAUACAGAGAGCAGGAUCUUGAAGGCGAGACUGGAGUUUUUGCGGGACCAUUACCAAAUCAGAGAGAACGAUUUCUUGUCUUUCGACGCGAUGAGACACGCCGCGCAGUGUCUGGGACGUGUUUUGCGAGGAAAGGACGACUACGGAGUAAUGGUUCUGGCAGACAGAAGAUUUGCACGGAAGAAGGCCCAGCUUCCAAAAUGGAUAGGCCAGGCGUUGUCCGAGGCAGACACAAAUCUCUCUACAGACAUGGCCGUAGCUUCGGCCAAGAACUUCCUACGAACACUGGCCCAGCCAAUCAGCGUUAAGGACCAGGAACAGGGAGUCAGUGUGUGGACUCUGGAACAGCUCGAACAGCAUCAAAAGGAGCAAAGCGAGCGGUUCACCGCCAUGGACAUCGAGAUCCAAGGCUGA